AUGAGCCAGGCGUUAUUCAAUCCAGUGAAGAAUGAAAUUCUCACUGUCCUGGGUUCGAAUACGUACAAAUUCUACAAGCUGCAGGACUUCAGGCUUCAGGUCAUGGCAGAGUUCAGCAGUCCUGGCGCCAGCAAUUCGUCCUUGUUUAGAGAGUACGAACCUAGCGCGUACGUCAGCUUGACGAGCAACAUAGUAUAUGUGAUAGACAACGAGCAGAUAAUUCAGGAGUUGGAGGUCUGCUCCCUUGACACUGACAGUGUUGACUCACAUGAAAGAACUGAGGACCUCGUCGUCCGGUCGAUCGUUGCAGUUGAACACGGUAGUGUGCUGCUUGUUAUCUACCACACUAGUGACCAUGAUUAUGAUGGUUUUUGGUGCACGUGUGGCAAGGACAGCAUACAUUACUUUGAGAGGACAGACAGUUCAGAGGAUAUGUUCGUUAAGAAGAGAGAGUUGAAGGUACUCUUGAAUGAAGGGCCGGAUUUGGAGGUCAAGAGAGGCCCCGAAACAAUCAUGGGGCGAAGUCCUUUUAUUAUUUUUCGAAUCAAAAGGGCAAUUUGUUGCGUUAAGUCUUUUUAA